CGCGUGGGGGGGUAGGGGGGCGCGGCUGCGACCUCGGAGCGGUUCCUCGGGUGUGCGGGACCGAGGGACAGAGAACGCGGCCGCGGGCUGCACUCCGCCACCGGCGAGGCGAUCGAUGGCGGCUCCCGCCCGCGCGGGUGCGUGCUGCCGGGCGGGGUGGGGAGCCGCGGGUCGGCCGGCCUCAGCCGCUCUGUCCCUUCUACCCGCAGGACUCCGGCGCUGGCUGUCCUCGCGUGCCCCGGCCCCGAGGAUCUGCGUGGUGGGCAGCGGCCCCGCGGGGUUCUACACGGCUCAGCACAUCCUGAAGCACCAUGACCUGGCACAAGUGGACAUCUAUGAGAAGCUGCCUGUUCCAUUUGGGCUCGUCCGUUUUGGAGUGGCACCGGAUCACCCUGAAGUGAAGAAUGUGAUCAACACGUUCACGCAGACUGCGCGUUCGGAGCGCUGCGCCUACUAUGGCAAUGUCACCGUGGGCAGGGACGUCACGGUGGGAGAGCUGCAGCAGGCGUACCAUGCUGUGGUGCUGAGUUACGGUGCUGAAGACAACCGGGUUUUGGGGAUCCCAGGGGAAAACCUGUGUGGGGUUUACUCAGCCCGAGCCUUUGUGGGCUGGUACAACGGACUGCCUGAGAACCGGGGUCUGAAGCCUGACCUAAGCUGUGAAACAGCGCUGAUCCUGGGCCAUGGCAACGUGGCUCUGGAUGUCGCCCGCAUCCUCCUUUCUCCACUGGAUUUCCUCAGGAAGACAGACAUCACUGAGUGCUCCUUGGCAGCUCUAGCCUGCAGCAAGGUGAAGCGCGUGUGGCUGGCUGGGAGAAGGGGGCCUCUCCAAGUUGCUUUCACUAUCAAGGAGCUGCGGGAGAUGAUAAAUCUGCCUGGUACCCAACCUGUCCUGAACCCUGCUGACUUCACAGGCCUCGAAAAUGCUGUUAAAGAUGCCCCCAGGCCCAGGAAACGACUGACUGAGCUGAUGAUCAAAACGGCCCUGGAGAAGCCCAGGGAGAAGGCAGCAGUCCCCCGGCAGUGGGGCUUGAAGUUCCAGCGUAGCCCCCAGGAGGUGCUGCCCACCGCCGAUGGGACGCGGGUGAGGGGCGUCCGCAUGGCCCUGACCCGCUUGGAGGGCUUAGGUGACUCUGCCAAAGCUGUCCCCACUGGAGACGUGGAGGAGCUGGAGUGCGGGCUGGUGCUCAGCAGCAUUGGCUACCGGAGCCUGCCCCUGGAGCCAGCGGUGCCUUUCGACGCCCAGCACGGCAUUAUCCCCAACAGCCUGGGCAGAGUGAGGGGUGUUCCAGGUCUGUACUGCAGUGGGUGGGUGAAGAGAGGACCUGUGGGAGUGAUCAUCACCACCAUGAAUGACAGCUUUGACACUGCCCAGUCUGUGCUGGAGGAUCUCCAAGGGGGUGUGCUGGAUGUGACCGUCUCCAGAGAAGGUUUUGGGGCUGUGGGUAGCAUCCUGCGUAGUCGAGGGAUCCGUCCUGUUUCCUUCUCGGACUGGGAGAAGAUAGAUGCUGCCGAGGUGGCGAGAGGGAAAGCUGCUGGCAAACCCCGGGAGAAGAUAGUAGAUCCUCAGGAGAUGCUGCAGCUGAUCGGCCACUGAAGCUGCAUGGAUGGCCCACACAGAACUGUCAGGGGCAGCACCAGGCUGGUUGCCGACCUGGGAGCGAACGUGGCACUGGGGACCUGCUGGUAACAAUGAACUCUGCCUUCCCUGAGUGAGUGACUCAGAACGGCUGGGGCUGUGGGCUGGCCCCACAUCUCUGCUCCAGCUGUGGCUCCUGGGGGUGAUUCGUGUUGCCUGGGUGCUUCUGGCAUUGGCAGAUUGGUCAGAGCAGUGAGAUGUGUGCUUGGCAGGAACCUUGGCCUCACGCUGCACCCAUGGCAAGAAGCACAGAGAAACUUUCUUGUGUCUCACUGCCUCCCCUUUAAGCCUCAAGCCAAAUGACUUCAUUGCCUUGUCAUUCAUGUGUAAGCAGGCUUUUUUUUUUUUUAUAAAUAAUAAUUGUUUUAAAAUAAACCUUUCCAGGAGAGACAAUUUGGACCUGCCACUUGAGUCUGGCUCCUUUGUGACUGCCUUGUUCUCAGGAGCUGCCAGCCAGGUGUGUGUCUGCGGCAGCUUGUGCCAGGGACAGCCAGCUCUUCUUGUACUGUUUGCUGUCUGCCUGUAGGGAGCUCUAAACCAAACGGGCAUUAAUUUGCAUUCUGCCUUCCACAGUUGAACCCUGACAAAGCCUGGGUUCUGGCUUGUGGGGUGAGAUGGGAUAACAGGUGUGUAACUGCCUUGUUUUGGAUCGCAGCAGAUCCGUGUGUGUUGGUACCCGCCGGAGCUGAAUCGCGCAGCAGUGCCUUGCUCCCCUUCACUUUGCUCACUGUUGGUUGGGAUUUUUUUGCCUGUGUGUUUUGAAGCUUAUUAAAUGCUUCUCUGAGCCUAAAUUGACGUGGUGAUGGUGUCAGGAUUUAAGCCAGAUUACAAGCUGCGAGCAGUAAUCUCCUCUUUAUCCGUGGUGCAGAGGCCAGGCCAGCACAGCCCCCCACCCGCGCCAUCCCUGGCGCUGCGCUCACCUGUGAUCGGAGCUGCUCCCAGCACUGACCUGUGCAGCAGUGAGGAUGGCUGUUGCUCGUGGCUGCAUAUAAAAACAAGUGGGGCUCCAUGAUGGAGGCAGGGGGUAAAUCAAGCCAGGGCAGAUGGCAGCGACUGUCUCAGUUCCACGCUUAGCUGUGAUCUCCUCCACAUUCCCUCCUGGGGUAGAGAUUUGCCCUAUCCUGGUGCUCUGUGCCUGUCUCUGAUCCCAGGCUAGGCAAGAAAGAUCAGUGGCUUCUCUUUUUAUCUGUAUUUUUUUCCCUUUGCUGUUCUAUUUAAAUCUUAUUUGCAAGAUCAUUAAGAAACUCAGGAAAUGUGGUACUGGGAGCUCGUACGCAAACGAGCAAUAAAGCUUUUGUCGAACA